GGCACCUGUGUUACCGACAUGGUGACCUAACCUCUAAACGAACUUGUUUGACAGCUGUUUUCUAAAUAGGUCUAUUUUUUAAUUUGAGUUUAAUUUAACUAAUAAAUUUUGCAAUUAAUUGUAAUUUGGUUAAAAUGGCGACAAGUUCAGCCGCCUCUAAGCAAUCACAGGCCCCAGCCGGUGUUAAGGAGUAUACAAUCAAAGUACCGAAAAACGUCCAGAAGCGAUACCAUGUAAUGAGAUUUAAUGGAAAUCUUGAAGUGGAUUUUGCCAAGUGGACGCAGGUCAAAAUGGAAAGGGAGAAUAAUUUGAAAGAGUACAAAAGCGUCGAAGAAGAACAACCAAAGUUUGGCGCAGGUUCGGAGUUUGGCCGCGAGGCCAAAGAGGAAGCCCGUCGCAAAAAACUGGGAAUAGUUGCUAGAAAAUACCGACCUGAGGACCAGCCUUGGAUUUUGAAGUCUUACGGAAGCACUGUGAAAAAAUUCAAGGGGAUUCGAGAAGGCGGUGUUUCUGAAAACACAGCCUACUAUGUUUUCACUCAUGCUGCUGAUGGUGCAAUUGAGGCUUUUCCGUUACACGAAUGGUACAAAUUUCAACCAAUUCAAAGAUACAAAGCUCUGACAGCUGAAGAAGCCGAACAAGAGUUCAAUAAACGCAAUAAACAUUUGAACUAUUUUUCACUUAUGUUGAGGAAGAGACUGAAAGGUGAGGAUGAUACUGAGCUUGAUGAAGGAGAGGAAAAAGGGAAAAAGAAUGCAAAGAAAUCGAAGGAAUUGAAAAUAUCGGAUAUGGACGAGUGGAUGGAUAGUUCAGAUGAUGAAGGGUCUGAGGAAGAGGAGAAGGAAGAGGAAGAAGAGAAGAAAGAGAAGAAGAAGAAAAAAGGAAAGAAAGUUGACCCGAAAAAGAAGAAGCGGGACACAGAUGUGGAAGCAUUUGAAGAUUCGGAUGAUGGAGAUGGCGAGGGCCGAGAAUUGGAUUACAUUAGUGAUAGUUCAGAGAGUGAACCUGAAAACACGAAUCUGGAGAGCGUGGCUGAAGAAAAAGCCUUGCGAAAACUACUAACAUCAGAUGAAGAUUCGGAAAACGAUUCAGACAAAUCCGAGAAGGAACAAAGCAAUGAAGAUGAAGAAAACAAAGAGAAAGAAAGCGAGAAAACCGAGGAGGGCGCUGACAAGGACAAGAAGAAGAAGAACAAAAAGAAGAACAAGAAAGAGAUUAAAAAGGAGGUGAAGAAAGAGAAAGAGUCAAACAGUGAUUUUAGUUCCGAUAGCAGCACAGACGAAGAGACCAAAAAGAAGAAGAAUGAUAAGAAAAUGAAAAAAGAAGAGAGGGAAGCAAAUAGUGCCAAUAGUUCAAGGUCUGCAACGCCAACUGAUCACAAGCGGAAGUUAGUAAAUGAUGUAAUGGCAGGACCGUCUGCUAAAAAACAGAAGUUAGAUUUACCGAAUUAUAUUGUUGGGUCGAGUGAGUCUGGAAUUACCGAAGAUGCUGUUAGAAAAUAUCUAAUGAGGAAGCCGAUGACAACCACUGAGCUUUUGCAGAAAUUCAAAUCGAAAAAGACGGGACUUUCGAGCGAACAGCUUGUCAAUAUUAUGACACAAAUAUUGAAGAAAAUUAAUCCCGUGAAACAAACAUUGAAAGGGAAGAUGUAUCUGUCGAUAAAGUCUUGAUUGAAUCAAUAAUGUUGCUGUAAAAAUUUUCUAUCUAUAAGGAGUUAAAGGAGUAUGAUAUUUAUGUAUAAUGGGAGUUGUAAUUACAUAUUAAUUAAUAAAAAUUUAUUUACAGCAA